AUGGUUGCAAAACUUACCAUACGAAUUUCAAUUCAGUGCAACUCGGAUGGGGAGAGAGGCCUCAGGAAUGGAUAUGCAGAUGUAGUACGGGAACUUAUUGACUAUGCAAAAAAAGACACGGAUGUUGAAAGGGGGACUAGAACCACCAAGGAGAUGCCGAGGAUGAGAAAUGUGGAGGGUGACACGGCGUUGCACGAGGCUGUGCGAAAUGAAAACAAUCUUGAUGUGGUUGAGAUUUUGACAACAGAAGACUCCGAGUUUGAAUAUCUACCCAAUAAUGUCGACGACACUCCCCUUUUUCUCGCGGUAGAGAGAGGUAAAUCAAAUAUUGUGUCCAAAUUGUUGGAGAAUUGUAUAUUAUCAACUUACAGUGGACUAAAUGGAAGAACAGUUUUACACGCAGCAACAAUUUAUCGUCACCAAGGUAAGCAUUCACGUUUUGUCAUGCCAACUCCAAAGGAACCAGAAAGUUACCGAAACAAAUUCAAAGUACACAAAAAAGACGAAGCUCCGAAGACAGAAAACAAUAUAAACCAAGAAAUCACAAAACUUGCGGACACGGCAUUGAUAGUGGCUGCACUUAUUGCAACGAUAACAUUUACAGCUGGUUUCACGGUGCCAGGUGGAUUCGAAAGUAACAAUGGAGUAAACAAAGGCAUGGCAGUAUUAGCGAGACGGGCAGCUUUCAUAGCAUUUGCUGUGACCGAUACUAUUGCUAUGGUCUUAUCCAUUAUUGCUGUAUUUCUCCUCUUAAUUUCAUCCACUUAUAUUCUUAAUGAUUAUGAGAACGAGAAUAAGCGUAUGCAGCGCCAAUCCUUUGCUUUUCUGCUCAUUGUAGCUGCCAUGGGAGCAAUGGUGGUUGCAUUCAUGACUGGUUUUUAUGCUACAUUGGAACCUUCAUUAGGCCUUGCAAUCACUAUAUGCCUCAUUUGUAGCGUCUUCUUUCCUAUUUCUUUCAUUGUAUUUGGAAAGAGAUUUCAAGGAUUUUUUUAA